ACAUAUAAUGCGUCAUUUCCGCUUUAAAAACCGGCGGGACUUCUUCACAUGUUUGCAGCGCCGCUGUUAGAUCACGUUGUUUACUGAAUAAAACAUUGCUUUUACAGACGAUUAAAACAAUAGAAUCCUUCAACAUGAUGGCUACAAACGGAAAGGACGCCUGCGGACAAAACGGCGACGACCCCUCCGUGUCUCUUAACGGCGGCAACGACACGUCCCACUCGUCGGCGGUAAACGGGAAGAAAGCCCCGUCUCGGAACGGAGGAACCGGGGAGGAGAGGUUCACCUUCAGCCCGCAGCCCACCAUGGAGGACAUCAGGCGGUUGCAGGCGGAGUUCACGGACGAGCGGGACUGGAACCAGUUCCACCAGCCCCGCAAUCUGCUGCUGGCCCUGGUCGGCGAGGUGGGCGAAGUGUCGGAGCUCUUCCAGUGGCGGGGGGAGGUGGCCGAGGGCCUGCCCGGUUGGACCGACUCGGAGCGGGAGCACCUGGCGCACGAGCUCAGCGACGUGAUGAUCUACCUGGUGGAGCUCGCCGAGAAGUGUCGCGUCGACCUCCCGCGGGCGGUGCUUCGGAAGAUGGCCCUCAACAGAGAGAAAUACCCCGCGAGCAAAGUGCACGGAUCGGCCAAGAAGUACACGGAGUACGAGGACUGAGUUCAAGUUGGGCGAUCGGACUGUUUGCAUGCUGCUGUUUGCCACGAGCUGCUGCUGCUGGACAUUUUAAAUGGCUUUUCUUCUGCGUUGACCUGUUGCAUAUCGAUGUGAAAAGGUUCUUAACGUGUGCGUGUGUUGUGAUCCACGUGUUUUAUUUGGCAUGUCACGUGGCAAUAGUUAAGUUUAAGUUUUAGCUCCUCAUUGAUCUGCGUGUGUGAAUUUAAGGCUCUGCUGUGGAUAAUUCUGUUGUGCAGUGACUUCUGGAGCGUAUUGAAGAAUAUUAUUUCUCACUGAUCUUUUUUUUUUUUUUGGAAAACAUGUUACCAAGUGAAAUGGAAAGUUGGUGUCCCAAACACUGAUAAAAUAGUAAUUUUGUUUUUGAAUUGAGGUUUAAUCAACAUGUUUUAUUCACAUCGGUGUCCCAAACACUGAUAAAAUAGUAAUUUUGUUUUUGAAUUGAGGUUUAAUCAACAUGUUUUAUUCACAUCACAACAGAAGUAAAAGCUUGCUUUAAAUUGUU